AUGGAACUUCCAGAUGGUACGACUAGCGUAAAACCAGAUCCUACAACCUGUCUCAAUGCAAAAUUUACAUUUACUCAACCCAUUCAUGUAGUAGAUGGAUUGCUGUAUCUUUGCUCUACGUUUAGUUGGCGCUUUGUGAAUUUAAAUGAAGCUUUUGACAAAGCGAUUCAUCAACCCUAUGAAACCCCAAAAACUGUUUUGAAUGUGUUCAAACCCUGGAUGACUAACCUUGCAUUAUGGAAUAUGGAUCUUGGACUGGACUUGAACGAUCAGUUUGUAGAUCUCCCUGUCUCUCCCCAUUAUUGGAAACCCCGGACUCUGAGUGUGACUUUGUUAAGAGGGAUACAAAUUGUGGAUGGUGGAUCUCACGGAAAAUAUACUGGAAAACUGCAGAUUGAUAUGAGUUCGUUAAAGCAAAACAACAGUUACACUGCGGCUUUAGAAUGGUAUCAAAAAGAUGCUUGGCUCUUUAAUCGUUCUAACUUUGGUGCUGAUGGUUCAGGUUUAACAGUCAACCACAUGACAGUUGAAAAACAUACUCAUGAGCAGAACAAAACACAUUUGAUUUAUUAUCACACACUUACUAUUCAAUUCACUAAAACUUCAAGUAAAGAUGCUAAAUUAAACAUUGAGUUUGACAUAGGGUUUCCACUGUCAGCAGCCUACCCAGGUGAUUUGAAAGACAACACUUUUUUAGUGUUGUAUGGUGUGGAUGGGCAUGUAGAACAGGUACCAGAUGUGUACGAUGAUCACCCAAUCAUUCCCUCUUCUCAUAAAACCACCGAAACAACGACUACCAGUACGGGGGACAAGAAAGCUUCCAAACAUCCUAAAUCUCAUGGAACAGAGAAUUUGCGUCCUCUGUUUUUGUCUUGCAAUUUAACUAAAAGCAUUGAUGGAAACAAAACCAUCAUGAAGUCU